AUGCGCUUCUUCGGCAAGACCCUGGCCGGCGCCGGCUACGUCGUGCUCAACAUCAUCCGAGUGAUGAACAUAAUUGCCCUCUUGGCCGUCAUAGCGGCAAGUUCGGUCAUGCUGGUCAAGACCUUCAUCGUGUCAAAGCUUUUCUUUUUCGACGCCUGCGAACAUGUUCUCCGAGUCGUCAUGAGUAGCUUCCUCAUCCUCACCGAACUCUCUCUUUUCAAGUCCUGGAUCUCCAAGAAUUGGCCUCUUUUUAGCACCCGAUCGAGUUUUGUCAUGCUCGGGCUUGCCAUGAUCUGGCUGGGGAACAGUCUUCUGGGGAAUCUCAACAAGCACGCAACCAGCCAGGAAAGUCUAGGUCUGCCAUUCUGGCGGCUUGUGAUUGCCGCAGGAAUCAUUGUGUUUGUGAUGGGCUUUAUCAACCUCUUUGCAAGCUAUAUCUUCAGAGAUACCAAAGCACACCUCACGGCUCGACAAGUCCGGUCCCAUGGGGCGGUCGCGUCACACAAAGCAGACGUGGAAGCCUCUACUCCGAAACCGCCGAGUCGGAAAAGUCAUUAUCGGUCGUUCUUCCUUGGCAAACGAGAUUCGUUGCCCUCAUAUUACUCCCACAAGAACAAGGAGCGUGCCAACAUGGCUGAGACGCCCAAGAUGCACCUGGCCAUUUCCAGUCCUUUUCCACAGGACCAGCCCCUGACCCGCACCGCGCAAAGUCCCGGUGGAGCCAGCUCCAAGUACAGCCAAAGUCCCAAGAGCGAGCGAUAUGCGAUGAGCCCCGAACUCAGCAGGCCGGAUUUGGCGCAUCAUCCUGCCAUGACACAAGGCCAUUCUAUCUGA